CGUUUCGCAUGGACAAAUAUAUAUUUUUCGUUUUUUCUGCAUGUGGUGCCAAUGAGACAGACAUCACACACUACAGCAACUGUAAACAAAUCAAAACUCUUAUUUGUAUACUUUGUUCUUUGUCUUCACACAUUGAUCUUAGACAUUUCCGUUUUGUGGUUUUAUUUUUGUGGUUUAUAUGUGGUUCAGCAGACGAGACGAGCAGAGCGACGACAUACCAAGAACUACACAGGAAGAACGUUCAUUACUACCAGUUUACUAGUGAUAGACUGUCAAAGACCCGAAAUGUCUAAUGAUAUCUAUCGCAAUGAGCACAAGAUUGAUGUUUAGGGAAUGGACAGUGAGAGGGUGGAGAUGCCGGUAGAGAUCUAUGAGACUGGAGAUGACUUCAGGACACAAACAGACUCCAAUACAAACAGACAACAACCACUUCAGUGUUCCGGAAGUGAGCAUGUGAGGAACAGAAGUCACAGAUCAGUUCUAUUGUGUUUGGUGCUGUUGUGUGCUCUUCUGACAGUCAUAGUGCUGUUUGUCCGGAUCAACAGAAACAACCAUCGGCGUCACAUCAAGAGCAAAAUUCUCUUAGAAGAGAAAGACCAGCUACUAACCAAAUAUACCAACAUCACAGAAGAGAGAGACCAGCUACUAACCAAACAUAUAAACAUCACAGAAGAGAGAGACCAGCUACUAACCAAACAUAUAAACCUAUCUAAAGAGAAAAAACAACUAUUAACCAAAUAUAUAAACCUAUCUAAAGAGAAAAAACAACUAUUAACCAAAUAUACCAACAUCACAGAAGAGAGAGACCAGCUACUAACCAAGUAUAUAAACCUAUCUAAAGAGAAAAAACAACUAUUAACCAAAUAUACCAACAUCACAGAAGAAACAGCAGAAUUAAGAGUCAAGUACAAUAAUGUUACUAAACUAAGUGAACAGCAGAAUCAGGAGAAAAAUGAGCUGUGGGCACAUCUUCAUGAUGGAUGGAUUUACUAUGAAUUCAGUCUGUACUUCAUUUCAUCUGAGAAGAAGAACUGGACUGAGAGCAGAAGAUACUGUAGAGUGAGAGGAGCAGAUCUGAUCAUCAUUAACAACAAAGAGGAACAAGAGUUUGUUCUCAAUGUUACUGGCGGUGAAGAAGCCUGGAUUGGUUUGUCUGACAGUGAUGAGGAGGGCAGAUGGGAAUGGGUUGAUGGCAGCACACUGACCUAUAGCUUCUGGGGGCUUCGAGAACCCAACGGCGGAACAAGAGAGAACUGUGUUGAGUCUUAUAGAUCAGGGUGGAACGAUAAUUCAUGUAAUAAAAUUAAAAAAUGGAUCUGUGAGAGAAACAUAUUUUAAUGAGCUGUUAAAAGUUCAUUCAGUAAAUUAUGAACACCAAGGGACCUUUAUGCAUGAACAUUAGGAUUAUAAAGUCUUUUUAGACAGCAAAACAUCUAUUUAUUAAUUUCAUUCACUUUUUUGUGGACUUGCAUCAUCACUGUAAAAACAAUCCCGUAAAAAAUGGAUAAAGUACUGGCAGAAAAUUACCAGUACAUUUUACUUGCUAAAAUGUAAUUUAAUGCAGUGCAAAAUGUAAAAGACAUGUAAAACAACUGUAAAAAAUAAAUACGGAAAAUUCCUUCAUAUUAAUAAAGUAUAUUGUGCCCUACUUUUACAGAUUGUUUUUAGAGUGCACUUCAUAUGCAUCUCUAAACUUUUCGUGCAUUUCUUGGAAGUCACAUGAUCUUAGACAUGGAUGUGGUUUCAUUUUGCUAAAAUGAAAAAAAAAACUAGCAAAGCAGCCAACUAAAACAGAACUAUAAUGAUUGUUUUGGUU